ACUCUUUCUCUGUCUAUUAUCUGAGUGACUCGGGGUUUUGGUGUCUGCCUCCGAGCGUGUGUCAGAGUGCGCGCGUGUGUGUGUAUGUCGGAGGAGGAAAAGAGAUAAAGAGAGAGAGAAAGGGAGGGAGAGGCAAGCGGCGUUUAUUCUCCCCCCUUUAGCCUCCCCGUCUCCCUGCUCCCUGUCACUCCAUCCUUCCUCCCCUCUCCUGGACCACCCUCCAGCCCCGCUUCGAGCCGAACCGAGACCCCCUACCACCCAGACCACCCCGGGACCCUUUGACUCUCCUCACUUCUCCGCCCCAACCACCAACCACAACCUCUGAGCAGGGAUUCCUGUCCUGUCUCCUCCUCUCCCGGAGUGCUGUCUGUGAACAUCUCGACUGUGCAAAGUCCACUCAAUCCAGUUACAACAAUUAAUCUGAUCUGAAUCUGCUUCGGCUGACCAGGCGCAGCAAAAUCUAUCGGCUAGACGUCCAGUCACCCCAUUCUGCUGGAAGGCUGAUAGCCACAGGUCACAUGACCUGGAAGAAAAAGCCAAGGAGACUUUUGGGAUCCCUCUUUGCAUGGGCUGUAUAUCAACCUGAAGGGAAGUCCAAAGGCUGAUGAACUGACCUGUGUCCGUGUGAGACCACAUUGUUUUGGUGUCCUAUAUGCCCUGGGAACACAACACCCAGCGCAAAUCUGGUGACCGGCUGGCUGGAAUACCACCAUACUCCUUCUCCUUCUGAGGACAUCCUACAUCAGGACCAGUCUCGCCUCCCCCAGCAUGGAACCCACCAAAGUCCAGUCAGAGGGUGGCCUCAAUGUCACCCUCACCAUCCGCCUUCUCAUGCAUGGAAAAGAGGUUGGAAGUAUAAUUGGAAAGAAAGGAGAAACAGUGAAAAAAUGCGAGAAGAGAGUGGAGCACGUAUCAAUAUUUCUGAGGGCAAUUGUCCGGAGAGGAUUGUCACCAUUACUGGACCAACAGACACCAUCUUUAAGGCUUUUGCUAUGAUUGCCUACAAAUUUGAGGAGGACAUAAUCAAUUCCAUGAGCAACAGCCCAGCAACCAGCAAGCCCCCUGUCACCUUAAGGCUUGUCGUGCCAGCCAGCCAGUGUGGCUCCCUCAUAGGGAAAGGAGGCUCCAAAAUAAAAGAAAUGAGAGAGUCCACAGGGGCCCAGGUUCAGGUGGCGGGGGACAUGCUGCCCAACUCCACAGAACGUGCGGUGACAAUCUCUGGGACCCCUGAAGCCAUCAUCCAGUGUGUCAAACAAAUCUGUGUGGUCAUGCUGGAGUCCCCACCAAAAGGUGCCACUAUCCCUUAUCGUCCAAAGCCCGCCUCCACCCCAGUCAUUUUUUCUGGUGGCCAGGCCUACACAAUUCAGGGACAGUACGCCAUACCACACCCAGAUUUGACCAAGCUCCACCAGUUGGCUAUGCAGCAAACCCCCUUUACCCCUCUCGGACAGACCACCCCUGCUUUCCCUGGUCUGGAUGCCAGUCCACCAGCCAGUACCCAUGAACUCACCAUUCCUAAUGAUCUAAUAGGGUGCAUUAUUGGACGCCAGGGAACCAAAAUAAAUGAGAUUCGACAGAUGUCUGGGGCGCAGAUCAAAAUUGCGAAUGCCAUGGAGGGCUCGUCGGAGCGCCAGAUCACCAUCACAGGGACCCCUGCUAACAUCAGCCUGGCCCAGUAUCUCAUCAAUGCCAGGUUCAGGGACGUGGCUGCCAUGUGGAAUGACCCCUCAUCCAUGACAACAUCCUGAAGUCACCCCCAAUCUGGUUCUGUUUUCAGAAGCUGACAGCAAAACCACAGCUUCACAAUUAACCUCUACAUGUUAUCCUGUGGGACUUUCACUAUACUCAAUUGGUUGUGCAUAACACUUAAGCAUUAGCCUGUGGGAGACCUGUAACAAACCUGGGAUUUGUUCAAAAUCGAUGUAGCCAAUGUAUUGACAAAAGAAUAGUUUGACAUUUUACAGAGAGGCUGAUUAGAAGAUCGUAUGACUUUCUGUCCCUUAAAUAUGAAGCUACAUGAUGGGAACGGAUUAGAUUAGCAUAAGUGCUGGAAACAGCCAGUCAGGCUCUUUCAUUAAGAAACAAAAUCCACCCAACAGCACCUCUAAUGCUUACUAAUUAGCGUGCUGAUUGCCUAGAAACUUCACAACAGCUGUGUUUCUGUAAUGUAUUUUUUUGUGCAUUAGAAAAAGAUUUGAAAGAAAUCCCCUAAUGCUGAUAAAGAGUUAAGGCACAUAAUGAGAGAUGGAAACACAUUUUUUAAAUAAGUUGUGAUGUUUCAUCUUCUUUUGUUGUCUUUGUAUCCGACCAGCAUUAAACAUGGUCAAUACCAGCUGACAACUUUCUUGAUUAAAAACAAAUUCUGGAGACUUUAAUCCAUUUUUCUCUCACAGAUGAUCAAAGUUUUGUUUAUUGCUUCUUCUUCUUCUUCUUCAAGGUUUUUUAGAGGUUGGCAAACAACUUGUUUGUUUCCAGCUUCUUCUACCAUCCAAUUCAGAUGUUAUCAGCUCAUUAACUGGCCUGUUAUCAGUGCAUAUCAUUGCCAUAUGUAUGGGUGAACAGGGACCUCCUCCACCUUCUAGUAAACAGAAAGUGACCCUAAUAACAGCCUGUCCUCAAACAAAAAACGACCACAUAGGUCGUCUGUACAUGCCCGUAUUACGACCCAGUGUUACGUUUUGACGUAUGCGACCUCUAGCGGUUCAGUAAAUAUCGACACUCUGGAGUCGCAGGUAAAACGUCACCAUGAACAAAGUUUUAUCUAACACUAUCCCUGUCCUUAUCCCUAACCCUAACCUUAACCAUAACCCUAAACCCGUGUUGGGAAAGUGAGGAAAAAGCCGUUUUGCGACGGAAAAGCCAUUUCGUGAAUUAAAUCCCGUAAUGCGUUUCUUUUCCUUGUAGGAGCGCUAACGUAAAUACGCUCUCACGGGUCAUAUUCCGGUGCACGGUGCAUACGACCGAUGCGGCCGUAUGAAUUUGAGGACUUGUUGCAGCGACCUCUUGCAGUUGUGUGAAUAAACGCAUGUACACACGUGGACAAAAUUGUUGGUACCCCUCAGUUAAAGAAGGAAAAACCCACAAUUCUCACUGAAAUCACUUGAAACUCACAAAAGUAACAAUAAAUAAAAAUUUAUUGAAAAUUAAAUAAUCAAAAUCAGCCAUCACUUUUGAAUUGUUGAUUAACAUAAUUAUUUAAAAAAACAAACUAAUGAAAUAGGGCUGGACAAAAAUGAUGGUACCCAUAACUUAAUAUUUUGUUGCACAACCUUUUGAGGCAAUCACUGCAAUUAAACGAUUUCUGUAUUUGUCAAUGAGCGUUCUGCAGCUGUCAACAGGUAUUUUGGCCCACUCCUCAUGAGCAAACAGCUCCAGUUGUCUCAGGUUUGAUGGGUGUCUUCUCCAAAUGGCAUGUUUCAGCUCCUUCCACAUAUGUUCAAUGGGAUUCAGAUCUGGGCUCAUAGAAGGCCACUUUAGAAUAGUCCAACGCUUUUCUCUCAGCCAUUCUUGGGUGUUUUUGGCUGUGUGUUUUGGAUGGUUGUCCUGUUGGAAGACCCAUGACCUGCGACUGAGACCAAGCUUUCUGACACUAGGCAGCACAUUUCUCUCCAGAAUGCCUUGAUAGUCUUCAGAUUUCAUCGUACCUUGCACACUUUCAAGACACCCUGUGCCAGAUGCAGCAAAGCAGCCCCAAAACAUUACUGAGCCUCCUCCAUGUUUCACCGUAGGGACAGUGUUCUUUUCUUCGUAUGCUUGGUUUUUGAGUCUAUGAGCAUAGAGUUGAUGUGCCUUACCAAAAAGCUCCAGUUUGGUCUCAUCUGUCCAAAGGACAUUCUCCCAGAAGCUUUGUGGCUUGUCAACAUGCAUUUUUGCAAAUUCCAGUCUGGCUUUUUUAUGAGUUUUUUUCAGCAGUGGUGUCCUCCUUGGUCGUCUCCCAUGAAGUCCACUUUGGCUCAAACAACGACGAAUGGUGCGAUCUGACACUGAUGUACCUUGGCCUUGGAGUUCACCUUUAAUUUCUUUGGAGGUUGCUCUGGGCUCUUUGGAUACAAUUCUAACGAUCCGUCUCUUCAAUUUGUCAUCAAUUUUCCUGUUGCGGCCACGUCCAGGGAGGUUGGCUACUGUCCCGUGGGUCUUGAACUUCUGAAUAAUAUGAGCCACUGUUGUCACAGGAACUUCAAGCUGUUUAGAGAUGGUCUUAUAGCCUUUACCUUUAAGAUGUUUGUCUAUAAUUUUUUUUCGGAUGUCCUGGGACAAUUCUCUCCUUCGCUUUCUGUUGUCCAUGUUCAGUGUGGUACACACCUUUUCACCAAACAGCAGGGUGACUACUUGUCUCCCUUUAAAUAGGCAGACUGACUGAUUAUGAGUUUGGAAACACCUGUGAUGUCAAUUAAAUGACACACCUGAGUUAAUCAUGUCACUCUGGUCAAAUAGUUUUCAAUCUUUUAUAGAGGUACCAUCAUUUUUGUCCAGGCCUGUUUCAUUAGUUUGUUUUUUUAAAUAAUUAUGUUAAUCAACAAUUCAAAAGUAAUGGCUGUUUUUGAUUAUUUAAUUUUCAAUAAAUUUUUAUUUAUUGUUACUUUUGUGAGUUUCAAGUGAUUUCAGUGAGAAUUGUGGGUUUUUCCUUCUUUAACUGAGGGGUACCAACAAUUUUGUCCACGUGUGUACAUUCUGAAGAGGAGUCAUCAUCCUGGAAAUUGACAAAAUGGAGCUUUGUAACAUGUAAAUGUCUUGACAGGGUUUGCUUUACCUCAAAUCAUGCUUUCCUAACCCUAAUCAAGUAGGUUUGAUACCUUAACCAAACUCUGAGUGAAAGACAGUUACUAAAGCAAAAAUCAAAACACAAAAUGGUCAGAGAUGAGACUCAAAAUCAAGUCCCCUGGGUGAAAGUCCACUGACAUGCAAAGGCUCCAUCACCUCCAGUCUCCAAAGGUGGAGUAGAAGGAAUAAUAUGUACUGAUUGGACUAUUUAAUGGGGUGAUAAACUCUGGGGCAGGUGCUUCUUCUUGUUUUAUUAUAGCCAUAUGUACACUACCAUUCAAAAGUUUGGGGUCACUUAAAAUAUCUAUAUUUUUGAAAGAUAAGCAUUUUUUUUUCAAUGAAGAUAACAUUAAAUUAAUCAAAAAUACAGUCUAGACAUUGUUAAUGUGAUAAAUGACUAUUCUAGCUGGAUUUGAAUGGGAUAUCUCCAUAGGGAUACAGAGGAACAUUUCCAGCAACCAUCACUCCUGUGUUCUAAUGCUACAUUGUGUUUGCUAAUGGUGUUGAAAAGCUAACUCAUGAUUAGAAAACUCUUGUGCAAUUAUGUUAGCACAUGAAUAAAAGUGUGAGUAUUCGUGGAAAACAUAAAAUUGCCUGGGUGACCCCAAACUUUUCAACGGCAAUGUAAUGGAGCAUGCACCAUGACCUACUGAGAACACAAGAAACAGUUCAUGGAAAAAACAGACUAAUUCGCAUUCUGCUUUUAGAAUUUUUUGCAACAUUUAUAAAAUGUUUUCUACAAGACACCAAAAUAUCUGCAACAGAGCAAGUUGAGCACACAACCCCUGCAAAACCAUUGUUGCUUGCUCAGACUUCAAUCUUACACUGACUGAGCAAACAAACUCUGUCACGUUAUGAGUGAGGUUUAAAAGUGCAAUUGGGCAGAUAUUGUUGCCCCCUGACAGAGCCAGGUAAGCUGUUUCCUCCUGUUGUUCAGUAUUCAUGCUAAACUGAGCUAAUAGCCUUUUUGCUCCAGCUUCAUAUUUAAUGGACCGGCAUGACAGUAGUAUCUUACUUCCUUCAGAAGAGCGGAUAAGUGCAUUUUCCAAAAAAUGUCAAACGAUUCCUUUUACUAUUUAUUUAGCAUGCCUCAUUCCAAGAAUAAUAUUGUAUUUCUUUUUGUCAUUACUAUAUUAGAUGAAUUUGCCUAUUAAGUCCUAUUGUGUCAUUGUCUGCAAAGAGUAAAAUUAAUAAAAAAUGGAAAAUUUAAAAAAAGCAAAGAAAAAAAAAAGACAGAACACAUGACUGCCACUGAGCAAUGCUGUUAGAAAGAAGAGUGAUGUGAUGCCUCCGUCAGGGAAUACAGCAGUUGGAUAUUUCAUGACACCAUCAUUUUUUUUUUUUCAGUCCACUGCAUGGCUUCAUGAGGGGGUUAGCACUGCAUGGUUAUGUUGCCAUAUCUGUAGGAAUGCUUUAUGUGCGAAGGGUGCGAUGAAAAUCCGCUGUCAAGUCUCUGUGAACAAAAUGUGCCAGGAAAUUCAAGCACAAAGCCAGCCAUCGCAGCACAACUUUCACUUCCAAGCGAAAGUUCUUCUUUCACAGUUGUCUUAUUUUCUGUCUACCACCCCUCACUCCUUCCCCCUCCCUUCCCUCCCCUAUCUCCCCCCUCAACUGUUUUAGGCUGACGUCUGAAGUCACUGGAAUGGGCACACUCUAAUUUCUACCCAUCUUUCCUCAGUGCAUCACAUGACCCUUGAGCAAACGGCAUUGCAACCUAGUUCAUUGAUUUUCUCUGUAUUUGACCGUCCUGUUAUUUUAGUGACUUAAACUUUGAUGAUUUCGAGUAUUUCACUGUAAACCUGUGUAUCUGCACCGUUACUACUGAUUCCUCACGCCUAUCUCAAGCCCUGCUGUUUCUGUUUCUGAAAGGUCGCUUUACUUUUUUGGCACUCUAGUACCUUUCAUGGCAUCUCACGCACCGCACCCUUUGUUUCGCCUCAUGUUUUAACACGUCACUGUAAGUUUCUUCUGUUUGUACUGCGGGCAUCUGACAGUAAAUGCAAAGUAAACCUACAGAUUGGUACAGUAUAAACCAAGGUUGUCCCUCCUCCGUCUUUAUACAGUGACCCAUUUUUUUUAGUCUACUCGCUGUGACACUGCAUCACUCAACACUAAUGUUUUUUCCAGCUGAUUUCACACUGAUUUCAUGAGUGAUGAGACAAGUGUUCUCCUGCGUGCCUGUAGACAUUUUCCUGUUUGUCUUAGUGUUGUAUGCACACUAUAGAAUGAUCUGCAUGACGCACAAAACCUAGCGCAUUUCAAAUUCAAUUAAAAAUCAAACAAGCGGAAGCAAAGACUGAAUGGCGAAAUGGACUCCAGUUUGAAAUGACCCACGGUGUAGGCCCAUAAACAUCCGCACUAAUGCACAGAUCAGUCUUUCUGAGUUUCAUGCGAGACCUGACAUAAAGGUGGGAUGGAAAAGUGACAAAUAAAAUGGCUGCAGCGAAGUGUGAAAUUCAAAUGCAUGCCAUUAACACACCCCAUUUUAUUCCCCUAUACUCCGCAACCAUGUAAUCAUGUUAUUCAUGCUGCCAUCUCAUAGCAACUAUGUAUAGGAGGCACGGGUCACAUGGAAAGGUUUAGUGUGCGUUUGCACUCACAUGUCGCUCAUAUAAGAGUUUAUUGUGCGUCAGAAGGGCCGAACAGCGCCUGCACAGAAGACUUUCAUGGUCAUCAUGUCUGUCUUUCAGCUCCACCCUCACAGAAGCUUAUUAUAGUUUGAAAGGAGACAAGCCAUUUGAGAUAGACUACACAAAAUGUGUUUCUGGUUAGCAUGCAGAAACACUGGCUUAUAUACAAACUGGAAAUGUGUUUUUAAUGUAUGCAUUGACGCAUACAUCAAUUAUUAGUCUUUCUUACAUACAUGUAUGGCUCUCUGCAGGUGCCAUCUACUGUAUCUACUGUGUAUCUGUUCUAGCUGUUUGCCCAUCUAAUUUACAAGUGAGCAGACACCUAGCUUGUGGCUCUAUUUGAUCUAAAGCUGAAUGUAUUUGAAAUGUGUUUUAACUGCAAAAAUCUACAUGUCGUGCUAGAUUACAACACCUGUGCUGGUGUGUUUUUAAUCAGGUGCAUCAAAGCCGAAUGAUGUGUACAAUAAAAUACAGGUGAUCAGAGUGACUGGGAGGGUUACUCUCAAACUGGAAGCUGUUAUUUAAAAUUGUAAUUAAAAUUUAUCGCACUAGAUACAUACAGUGUUAUAUUAUCAGAUUAUUUUGUGUUUUCUUGAAUAUGAAAUGUAAACUGAAACCAAGACAUUCUUCAAUUUUCUGCAAAAACAUUAACGGAUCACCUCAUUUCAGAUUGUUGGCUGGAAGAUGAAAACUUUAUAUCUUUAUUGUUACAGUGAAAUAUUUAAUAUCUGCAAAAAAAAAAAAAGAGAGAUAUGAAGACAGGGAGCAGUAAAGGUCUAUCCUACUGAGAGUCAUUUGUUGGUGUACUCCCUCACCACUCAGCAAUCAGGUGGACCCAACACUCUUAACUAUUUAUAUUUUGUUCUGUCUGACUGAUGUUGUUACUGCUUUUAGAGUUCAGAUUUCAUAAAACAAUGAGACAUUUUUCUCCUAAAGCCUAAAUAUGCUUUAGUCAAAUCAUAACUGCAUAACUGUGUUUGUGGAAAAUGAUUUGAGUCAUUACAGCUUAGACUCAUGUCAUUUAGUUAGAAUUGAUUAUUUUUUACACGCCCAGUCAAGUUUGGGGUCACUUAGGAUUUUUUUUUUUUUUUUCAAUGAAGAUAACAUUGAGUAAAUCAGAAAUACAGUCUGGUAUGUUGUGUUAGCUAAUGGUGUUGAAAGACUAAAUGAUGAUUAGAACACCCUUGUGCAAUUAUGUUAGCACAUGAAUAAAAGUGUGAAUUUUCAUGGAAAACAUGAAAUUGCCUGGGUGGCCCCAAAAUUAUGAAUGGUAGUGUAGGUUAUGAUGAGUUAGUGCUAUCUUGUUCAUAUAACAAAUUUUAUGAACUUUCUUUUUGAUAUUGUACAUGCACAAUUGCUGCACACAUACAUUUCCAAUGUAAAUCCAUACAUUAACACUCAUCUGGAUGCAACCAGAUGAACAAACGGAGGACUGGCUGUUUGAGGGCCCACAGAUUUUUAAUGUCACGUUCACAGCAUAUUGUUCAAACUGUGCCGAGAGGGAAACGCUGUUCGCAUCUGUCAGAAAUUUUGAACUUCUGUUCUGUGAAAUGUCCCUCUUGGUGAAAAUAACUAUAGACACGUCAACAAACUGUUGGCAGAAUGGUUGCUAAUGCACAGCUGCUGGCAGUUACAUCAAAAUAAAUUCCAUUAUUAGCACUAAUACAACCAAUUCAUCCAACCAUGUGAGGAUUAUACACUGUAUCUGGUUUUACUUAGCAGCCAACUGCUUUAAAUGCUCAACACAACAAAGAGUAGCUAAUUCAGGCUAUUUAUCAGGUGCACGGGGGCUCACUACCUUGGAAUAAUGCAUGAACGACAUUAAGUCAGUAUAUGGGGUGUUUUCCAUGCUUUUCCAUUCUGCUGGCAUGUCAUGAAUGCAGCAUUAUGUGUCAUUCAAAAACUAUCCACCGGAACCUGAUCUUUAAAGCAGUUUAAUACCUUAUGUGAAGUGAACACUAAUGGUUUGUAGGUUCAGAGAGUCUGCUGGUUGAGUGCAGGCAGACCAGCCAAGACGCAGUGUGACCAACUUACAAACAUCUCAGUUGCCUUUUUUAUUGCCAUAUUUCUGUCUUUCAUAUUCACUCCAUCGCUUAUGUUCUCAUCACUGUACAGUACUGUGCGAGUCCAACACAUCUUGUUGUGUUGCUUUUGUCAUUUUACUGAUUCGUAACCGUGUUUAUUGUUUCUGUGCUAGAGCAGCAAAAAAUUAAAGGUAGCAGCAAAAAUUGAAAGGUUAACACUGAGGUGACAGAUGAUAUAUUAUGCUGUUUGAGGAAAGGUGUCAGAUCAUGUUUACGUUUGAUCAUUUGCACCAUGAAGGUCUGUCUUGGAUUUAUUAUUUACUGAGAGUGAUUCUGAAAUGUUUUGUAAAAAGGAGAUAAUAAAGUUUGUGUUUUUUCCCUUGA